CUGUAGCCAUGCGGCUGGCGGCAACGCGCCUCCCCUGUCUGAACUGGAUUUACAUCGGGACACGGCGAGGAAUAUGAGCAAGGGGAACGGCGACGGUCGGAGCGCUUCUCUUAACUUCACCAUCGACAAUAUUCUCAACUUGAGGCCGGGGACGGAUGAUUCCCGGCAAGACGGGCAUGUAAAGGACGCCUAUGAUGAGGUGUGGGACACCCGGAGGCGGUGCGAGGGUGGAUCCCGGGAAACAGCCCUCAGCAACACGUCGGAAGCGCGGCCCUCCGCAGCUGGCGCCGGCUCCAGCAAGAAGAAGACGCGCACCAUUUUUUCCAAGAGGCAGAUCUUCCAGCUGGAGGCCACGUUCGACAUGAAGCGCUACCUGAGCAGCUCCGAGCGAGCGGGCCUGGCCAGCACGCUGCAGCUCACAGAGACGCAGGUGAAGAUCUGGUUCCAAAACCGACGCAAUAAGCUCAAGAGGCAGCUGUCGGCGGACGACGACGGGCCGGGCUGCGCGCCGGUGCGCAACUUUUACAAAGAGAGUGACUGUCUACUGGGCGGACAUCUGCUUCCGACGGCCUUCCCCGUCUUCUAUCCCAACACCAUCUACUUCUCCAACGCGGCCAAAUGUUUCGGACUUUUCGAUGCAGAUAGAUGAGUAGAUCCGCACCGCGAAAAACGGCGGUAGUCAAUUUCCACUUGGAUGAGGCAAAAUUGCAAAACAUUUGAGUUCUUUUCAAUGCAUGUUGGCAGAGGAUGUUUUAUAGAACACAAUAUUCUAAAUAUCAAAGUCAAGAGGCAGAAUGACUUUGGAAAAUGAAAUUUUGGGGGCAUGUCGAAAAACGUUUCAAGAAGUCCGUCAUUUCGAUGUUUUAAAGUACCGAACAAACAGUAUUACCACAAUAUAAUGAUGAUCUUGUUUCUUUGUACUCGCAAACUUAUCGUAAAAUGUGGCAGACAUUUUUGGCCAUUAUUCUCCCGCGUGAAUGUGCAAAUGAAAACUGUACAUUCUGCCAUCUAAUGGAAGAACAUUGAAUUGUUCCACCUGUCGCUAAAAGUCGCUGACAUGGAGCGGUGGAAAAAAUGCGACAAAAAAUAAUUUUAGAACCAGUUAGGUGCAGGUGGUUGGGGAUCAGCACGUCAAAUCACAAUGAGCCUUCAAAUCAGUUUGUGAAACUUUGCCACUUAAGAAUCGAUUGUACGAUAAAUCGUCUAAUAAUUGUUGAGUUACAAAACAACGCGAUUCAUUGUUAAGAAUGUUUUGCAUUCGGUCGGUCGACCCACCAAAUGCGUUUUUUUCUACAUUUGAAUGCACGGCAUGCAUUUUGGGGGUGAUUUUGUUCACAUUUCAAACAAGGAACAUGUUUGUUUUCGAUUGUAAAGCUGCAGUCACUCGACUGCUUUUCAAGAUACGACGUACAUUUUUUUUCCUUUGUCUUGUGAGUGCAAACAUGAGAUCUCAAGGCACCUCUGUGAUUGCAACUUUUUACAGUUUUAAAAUUGUCUGUUACAGUUCAAAAUAAAGCUUUCACCCUA